GAGUCCGUCUAUGUUUAUUGUCCGUAAGGUGACGAAUUUGAAAAACCGAGGUGGAGACGUCUUUUACCAGGAUUCUUUACUUCGGUCUCUUCAUUAGAUGAUUUAAAAUAGAAUAUCAAGGUUAAUUGAUUCAAGACUGAAUAAGCGUAUAGGAUUUUGGAAGAAUUGCAAGAGAUGCUUCUUGUUCUCUGUACCAAAUAAGUGACUAGCCACAGCCUGGCUUACAUAUGGAUGCUAAUAGUGCAUUUGGAAGUCAGCCAAAUUUUAACCCUCCUGGGAUAGGUCCGUCUCAGAAUUUGUCCACGUUAAUGAGCAGUAACUCAUCUUUUGGGAUUCCAGCCCCUAUGUUUGGACAGAGCAGUGGGGCAUCUGGAAGUGGUAGCAGUGGACAGUCCACUGUGUUUGGACAAAGUACGUUUUCAUUAAAUGCAGCUGGGCAAGCUCCUCUGUUUGGGCAAAGUGGCGGAAUAGCUGCAAUGACCAGUGCAGGACAAAAUUCAUUAUUUGGACAACCGUUUGGGAAAUCUGGAGCUCCCUUUGGAACGCACGGCAGUCUGUUUGGGCAGAGUGGUGGGGUUUCCUUUGCUACAGCUUCAAGACAGACCCCACUGUUUGGGCAGGCUGUUGGAACUCCUUCAAUUAAGGGUACUGGGCAGGCUCCUUUGUUUGGACAGAGUAAUGCAACAGUUGUCACUUCCAGUGGACAAGCCCCCGUCUUUGGGCAGAAUAUUGGAAAUGCACCUGCUGCUUCAACAAUUGGCCAGAUUUCUGUCUUUGGACAAGGUGCUGGGACAUCUUCAGGCAGCAGUCCUGGUCAGACGUCAGUCUUUGGACAUGCUGUAUUAACAGCUGCUGCAACCAUCAACAGCCAAACUCCUGUUUUUACAUUUAACAGUGGGACACCUGCAGGGGACAGUGCUGGGAAAGGUUCCAUAUUUGGGCAAAAUACCUCCGUAUUUACCACAUCUAGCAGUGGGCAGAAUUCUUUAUUUGGACAAAAUACAGGGUUAUCUGUAGGAAGCAAUGUUGGACAAACACAUUCAUUUGGACAAAAUACUGGGAUAACUGGGGUCAGCAGUAGUGGACAAAUUCCAGUACUUGGAAACCAAGGAAUGUCAUCUACUACAAGUGGUAAUCAGGUCUCUGUUUUUGGAAACAGUGCAAAUUCAUCCUUAAUUAGCACUGGGUCAGUACCUUUAUUUGGUCAGAACACUGAGAGGUCUGCAGUACCUAGUAAAGGACAAGUACCUUUAUUUGGACAGAGUGGCAUUAGUCCUGGGGUGUCCACUGCUGCUCAGUUACCUGAGCCUACACAAGCAGCUUCAGGACAACCACUAGGAUUUGGUCAACCUUCUGCCUUCUCACCAGCAGCUGGCUCCCCCCAAACGUCUACCUUUAGUCAGUUGUUGGCAAAGAAUGCUGCUGUUACUGUUGUGGACAAACCGGGCUUUGGUUUUAAAACAUCACUUGGGACAUCGUCUUCAGAAGUUACAGGCAGUGCUUCUGGAAAGUCUGACUUCAGUUUUAAGCCACCGGAAAACAUGACUUUUAAGCCAAUCUUUAAUGUUGAUUCGGACACCCAAAUUACUCCAUCAUCCUUCAGCUUUUCUCAACCGGGUACUAGUGGGCCUGGAGGACCAGGCCUUUCUGGGAAAUUAUCUGAAGCACCUUCCACUAACAGCAGUGCAUCGUUUAGCUUUUCUCAGCAAGGAAGAAAUACAGAUUCUUCAUUUAAUUUUGUUUUUCCUAAGAAAACUUCAGUGGAAGAAGAAAAAAUGUCUGUAAAGCCAGUGUUUGGAUCAAGUCCUGCUAAUUUUGGCAAGUUGAAUGUUUUUUCAGGAUCUGGGAAAAUUGAUGAAGAUACGGAGGUAGGAAAAAGCCACAUGGGAUCUUCCAGUAGUGCUGUGAUAAAAGGACUAAAGAGAAAAGAGGAAGGAAGGCGCUCUCCAAAGAGAUCAGAAACCCGCAUUAUGGAAAAGUCUGAAUUGGGGUCGUUGACAGAUUUGUCUUCUGCCAAACGUCACAAGAAACAACUCCGCCCAGCAGUUGGUGGCAACCUUUUCAGCAGAGCACUGCGGGAUGUGUUUAAAAGCAACAGCGAGAGGGACAGGGGUAGAUCCAGCAGUAGAGAAUCCAUGACAGGUGAUGAAAGGAGUAGGUCGAGCAGCACAGAAUCCAGAAGAGAGAAUCUGCCCCCUCAGGAAUUGGAAAGAACCCCAAGAACCUCCUCUCUGCAUCCACGACCACCUGGUUCAUCAGCUGCUAAGGAGGAUCCUAGGAAUAGACAAAUAACUGACUCUGGUGAAAAAGUGCCAUCCAGCAGGUCUCUCCGUUGUGAGAGGUCUAGUAGUUUCAGUGGAAGUUCCUUCAGAGAGAUUACAGCAAUCCAGUGCAAAAAUAUCCCAGGCCACCUUAAUAAGAAAGAUCUGGUUAAAAAGCACUUCUCUGCAUUUGGGAAAGUUCAGCGUGUGUUUUGCAAUCCCAGCAAAAAUAUGGCAGUAGUCCACUUCCAUGAUCAUGCUUCAGCAAACCGUGCUAAGAUACAUGGAACUACUUUUCGCAUGAAGAAACUGAAUAUCUUUUGGCAGAAGAAAAGAAGCCCUGGAAAAAAAGAGCAUCCUGAAAAGGAAGCAGAAAAUUUAGAGAGGCUCAACAAUGAAGAAAAUUUCCAGCUGUCUCCUGUCCGCAAACUUUUAACAAGAUCUCCUGCUGUUGGCAGUGGUACCACCUCUAAGAGCAAAGAGUCACUACUUACAUCAUCGGCUACAAAGAUGCUACAGUUUGAUGCAGAAACUGAGUCAAGCUUAGAGGGACAGGUCUCUGAGAUUUCAACUUCCUUUUCUCUGCCGUCAUCACUAAAUAGCCUUGUGGGUGUAACAGCAGAAUCCCCCUUUGAAAAGUAUCGUGUUCUUGAACAGAGAGACAGGAUUAUGCGCCAAGCAGCUCGUGUGAAAAGAACAGAGCUUGACAAGGCAAAAGUACUUGUGGGCACUUGUCCAGAUAUGUGUCCAGAGAAAGAGCGCUAUAUGCGAGAGACACAGAAUCGGCUCAGCAUCUUUGAGACAGUUCAAGGGACAAAUGAGGUGGAUCAUGGAGCUGCAGUCAAAGAGUACAGCAGAUCUUCAGCAGACCAGGAAGAACCUUUGCCACAUGAACUUCGACCCCUACCUGUGCUAGUCAUGACUAUGAAUUAUCUGGUAACGAAAGUCAUGAACAAUGGUGUUGCGAACUUAAGAGAAUGGUAUGACUUUUUGUGGAACAGGACAAGAGGGAUCCGAAAGGAUGUAACACAGCAACACUUAUGUGACCCCGAGACGGUAUCUCUAAUAGAGAAAUGCACUCGUUUCCAUAUCCUUUGUGCUCACUACAUGUGUGAGGAGCCUGUAUCAUCAUUUGAUGCCAAGAUUAACAACGAGAACCUGACCAAGUGUCUGCAGACCUUGAAGGAGAUGUACCAUGAUCUUUCCAAAAAGGGUAUGCAUUGCCCCAAUGAGGCUGAAUUCCGCUGCUACUCCAUCCUUCUUCGCUUGGACAAAGGCGAUAUCCUGAGAGAAGCUCAGCAGUUCCAGCCUGCUAUCCGAAACUCUCAAGAUGUGAAGUUUGCCAUUCAAGCCUUUGCAGCAUUUAACAGCAACAACUUUGUAAGGUUCUUCAAACUGGCGAGGGCUGCUACCUACUUGAAUGCGUGCAUUCUGCACCGUUACUUUAACCCGGUUCGUGUAUUAGCACUGAAGAUUUUGACCACGGCUUAUACAGUCAGCACUCAGAGGUCCGCAUCAUUUCCUGUCGACAGUAUGGUACACAUGUUACUGUUCCUAAAUGAUGCUGAAGCUACUAAUUUCCUGAAAUUUUAUGGACUGACUGUUUCUGAAGGCUGUGUUGAACUGAAUCGCCAAACAUUCCAAGAGGCUGAGAACAAUUUCCUGCCAAAAAAGUGUGUGCUUAUUGAACAGAAAUGCAGUAUCUCGGCUGGCGAGGCAGUGAAUGGUGGACCGCUGCCUCUGAUCCCAGUGCACGUACCAUUUUCAAGUUUCAACAGUGCAAACAAGUAUAAAGGAGAAAGUGUAGUUACGGAACCUGCAAGUGCCAGCCAGAGAUUUAGCUGUGGGAUGUCAGCUCCACCUCUUGUAGGGCAGCAAGAAAAGAAAGAGCAAUGGCCAGAAACUUCGGUAACACCUGUUAAGGUACAGCCUUCACCUGUAGUACAGCAGUCAGCACAGUAUCUGUUCCAGCCAAUCAGACCAACUGAACCAUCAUCACAGCCAAAACCUAUAACACCCCCACCUGUUUAUACAGAUGAGGACAUCUCUAGUGUUGCAGAGAGACUGCUAGAGGAGGUGGUGGAAGUAAACUGCAAGACUCUCGCAAAGGCAGGAGCAGAAUAUGCUAACACAGCACUCAGUGUCUCAGAAAGAGCUGUGGAACAGGUAGUGGCAGAGGUUACAUUGGAGUGUCUGCAGAACGUAUGUGGUGAAGAAUUUAACGCUGAACAAGCAAGACUUAAGGAAGAAAGACGCAAGGCAGAGGAGGAAAGAUGCAGGGCAGAAGAGGAGAGGCGCAGAGUUGAGGAAGAGAAACGCCAGAUUGAAGAAGCAAGAAGGCGCAGAGAAGCAUUGGAGCAGUUUGUGUCCAGUUUCAGCCAAGUUCUGUGUUCUGAAUUAACCGAAGAAGUCUUGAUUAAAAGUUUUCAAGAUGUUGCAGAAACUGAGCUACUGUGCGCUGUUGAAAAGGACAGAGCAGACCGCAUAGCACGUUGUUCAGACAUCGUCUGCAGCAACCUUCUAGAAGUCACCCUAGAUGAAGUGAUUCUCCAGAUUGCCAGAGGGACUCUGAAGCAGCUCAGAUGCUGUGCUAAGUAUAUGCAGAGAUGGAGAGAGGUUGUGGUGGCUCGGAAAAAACUAAGGCGCCAAAUGAGGGCUUUCCCUGCAGGCCCCUGUGGAGUAGAUCCUUUACAUAAAUUGAAGGCAUUGCUGCCAAGUGCAAGACUUCCUGAUGUAAUGGCAGAGUCUACUAGUGGAGUGCUACAUCUUCAACAUGCAGGGAACCUGGCAGUCUCUUGUACUCGGUUGUUGCAAAUGAGGCAAGAAACAAACUACAAAAUGCGAAUCCACUAUUUCUUACAGCAGCUUCUCUGUGAGGCUAGCUGGACUCCUUUAGAUGUAGCUUCACUGGUAGCUGAAAGUCUUCCAAGUCCAAGAGAACAAAUCUUCUGGAAACUGGUCUUAAUGGUUCCAGGCAGUGAAGAUAUUCGUGGGUUUGAAGAAAUAAAUAGUGUUCUUGCAGACUGGCUGCAAGCUAAGUUCACAGAAAGUGAACUUUCCAAUGAUGUGACCUCUGAUCCCAAAGACCAAAUCCAGACACUUUCCUUGUACAGCUCAUACAGGCAUACCAAAGGGCACCUUGUAAACCUGCACGUUUGUGUAAAGAACAAUGUGGUUUUGUAUAAGCGUUUCAUCGAUGAUUUAAUUUUCAUCUGUAGGGGAGAUAUGUCUGAAUUUUUAGAUUUUUUUGAGAUGCUUAAUAACAAUGAACAUAAUUUAUCAUUUUCUUAUGAGGUUAAUAGAAAUGAAAUUAAUUUUCUUGAUUUGACCUUGUUGAAAAAGAAAAUAAAAUAG